GCUUGACACCGAAGAAAGGCACAUCUUCCACAACUAAACCCCCCCUCCCCCCACCGUUUCAACAAAAACCCAUUUCACCACCCUCAUAUAAGCGAAAGAAGAAGAAGAAGAAGAAGAAGAAGAAGGUUGAGGAAAAAUGAAGCUAAUUUGGUCCCCUGACACGGCCACUAAAGCCUACAUCGACACCGUUCGAUCUUGCCAAGUUUUUGAUGGAUCCGGGGUGGCAGAGCUGGUUUCAGCCAUGGCAGCCGGCUGGAAUGCAAAGUUGAUAGUCGAGACGUGGUCACAAGGAGGGGCUAUUGCCACCAGCAUUGGCCUCGAAAUCGCAAGCCGGCACACGUGCGGGAGGCACGUGUGUGUAGUCCCCGACGAGAGUACAAGGUCUGAGUUCAUAACAGCCAUGAAAGAAGCAGCAGACAUGAACCCACAAGUGCUUGUUGGUGAGCCAGAGGAGGUUAUGUCUGAGCUUGUGGGAAUAGAUUUCAUGGUUGUGGAUUGCAAACGCAAAGACUACGCUAGGGUCCUACGGCAGGCUAGGUUGAAUCAGAGAGGCGCGGUUCUGGUUUGCAAGAAUGCGAAUUCAAAGAGCGAUUCUGGGUUCAGAUGGAGGAGUGUUGUUGAUUGUGGAUCAAGAAGGGUGGUUCGUACUGUGUUCUUGCCUGUAGGGAAAGGGUUAGAUAUGGCUCAUGUAUCCAGCAGUGGAGGAACUUCGGGGUCGGGGUCGAGCAGAGUAGACAAGAAGAGAUGGAUCAAACACUAUGAUCAACAAUCCGGGGAAGAACAUGUUAUCAGAAAGUAAAAUAUUUCUUGGGACAUAGAAUUCUUUUUUUCUUUAGCUUUGAUGAUACAAUGUACAUAAACUUAUCUUUGUACCAAACAGUUUUCUCCCAACGACUUGUGCAAUGUGUGUAAUUCCAUUAAGGAAAUGAAUCAGAAAUUUCUUA